AGUGUUAUCGAUCGAAUAAAGCCGCGCAUUAAUUACUCCCAUUAAUUUGGCGUUAAGUGCUUACUUAGUUAAGUUUUAUGCGUAACUGAGUGGAUUUGCUGCAGACAUGGCACAGUGCUCACAGUAUUACCUACUACUCCUUCAGUUAUCUCGUGUCAACUACAUCUGGCCGUGUUUUUAGUGAUUAAAUCAUGCGCUAACAAUUGUACCUAAUUAAGCCUCUGUAAUUAUUUUAUAUAGCAAGUACCAAGUUAGGCUAAUUAUAUAUUUUUUUCAGUGAUAAGCAGGAAUUGUCCAAAACAGCAUGAUAACAAACAAUGCUUUGGCAAAUUGAAUUAAACUUGACGAGUUGUGGAAAUUGACUGGAUGAUUGACGUUAGAUAUGAUUCAAGAAUGUACGUCUAUCAUAUUAUUCUUUCAAGUUAGCGUAUUGCCCGUGGAAACAAAUGAGGUUCCAAAUUAUAAUCUACGUCAGACUAGCCAUAUCAAGCCUUACGCUCCAGCCUUGCCGACAAAUAAAGAAUGGUCGAACACACACUAUUGUUUUUUUGCCAAUAAAUGGCUAGAAUGCAAAUCAAAUUCGAAUUUUUAUGGUUCAAUUAUCAGAUUGACGAGAAACUAUUUCGAAGAAAAUGCUUUUCCUUUCCAUGAUUAUGCAAGAGCAUUUAAAAGAACUCAGGAGCAUCCCUUUACAUGGCAAUCCGUCGCGUCACCAACGCCUCCGAUAUCCAGGCGAAUGUACAUGUCGAGUCCUCCGAAGAACAUUCGGCCGAUGUUGGAUGGUACGCGUACCAUGCCUCCCCAAAAGUACCCAAUGCAUCGUCCUGCAGCUUUCAAUCAAAUGUCGCCACUUGAUACAAAGCAUUUUAAUGCGUGGGGAGCUCCUUACCUACGUCCGCACGUGUCUAGUGGAAUAAGUUCGGCAGCGCAGUUCACACGGUUUAAUAGUUCGAGUAAUAUAAUUCGCAACCAAUUACUAUUGAAGCCUCCGCCGACGUUGGCUGUCUCCGGCGUUCAUCAACAAUAUAUUCCUCAUAAAAACAUGCUUUCGAUCGAGGAAUUCACCCAAAGUCUAGAUCACUUUGAACGACAAUUUUAUAAGGUCACUUUUACGAAGUUAACAGCCAUAAGUCCCGUAGAUCGACAAGAGAAUGGGAUGAGCUUCGUCCAAUCUGGCUUCUUUUUACUCCUGACACUGAUGGCUAUCUCUAAAGACAUCGACUCCAACACCAGAACUGAAAUUGAUCAGUGCAUUGGAUUUAAACUUUCGAACAUGGAUAGCGUUGGUGUUAUUAGACAUUUCAUAUCAACUUUGCCAAAUUCUUCGGAUAAGCUGAAAUUGAGGCAAACCUCUCGCCUGAUGCUUUGGCCGAACAAAGACUGGAAUUCGCGUUGUCCAGGCAGCUCGGCUGAGGCGACUGCUCUGAAGCUGCAAGUGGACAAGUUCAACGGCACUGAGACGCCCGAAAAGAUCACUAGUAUAUUAAACAAAAAGGUAGAAGUCGAUUCUGGAGGUGCGAUACACGAUACUUUCGAAGAGGAUGACGUAUCAAGGGGCGUCACCGCUGUACUUCUGACGACGCUGUAUGUGCGCGGGCGCUGGCGAGCCGCCCCCACCGUGCUCAAUGGCACCAGGCCCUUCCACGACGCCGACAACGCCCCCAAGCGAGACGUGCGCAUGAUCAAGAUCAACGAUAUCAUGCAGUACGCAGACUUGCCUGAGUGGGAUGCACAGGCCAUAGAAAUAUCAUAUGCAACGCCGGGGCUCACCGUUCUGAUGGUGAUACCCCGCAGUAACUCGCUGAAGAGGCUGGUACAGCACGUUAGCAGCAUGCCCAUCGGAGAAAUAAUUGCGAGAAUGAAGACCAGGAGAAUAGCAGCUAUAUUACCAAUCUACACUUUACGCAUGACUUUAUUGCUACCUAAUAAAUUGCAGGCUGAAUGGAAUGGGACCAGACACCAGAGUUAGAAGUCGUUGCGGAUAGACCUUAUAUCUUUUUCGUACGUUGGCGUAACAUCACCCUGGUAAAUGGAAAUUUUGUACUGUAAAUUAAGAGUCUAACAAAAUAAAACACAAUUAUUAAACAA